UGUACCUAACCACUGAAAACUCCUCCAUGCCUUGUUAUUAAUAUGUCUUCAUUCCAAAAAUUUGUUGUUCCACAUUGCACAUUUCCCAGAAUUCCAUGUGCUAUGUUGGGUUAUUUUGUGUAUUCCCUGCACUUCCAUUCAACUUCAAAUAAAGAUUUCUUUUGGCAUUUCUUUCAGUAGAGGUGUAAUUCUUGAGGAAACAUUUAAGAACAAUCUGAAAAGAUAUUUGACUUUUGGCAAUGGGAUUGUAAGAGAUCUGGGCUUUAGAGUUCGCGUUUCCUGAGGCAAUUUUGAUAUCUGAAUUCCAUCAAAUACAGGCAUUUGGUGCAAAAUGAGUUCUGGUCUUAAUUUUGCUUUGUCAAAGAAAACUCACAUCUUUCAUCUUAAGGUGUGGAUUUUAAUAGCAAUCUUUUUGGGCAUCUUUUCUGUAUUGGUUCUCUUGCUGUUGCUGUUUUGUGUAUCGUGUAAGAAGUCGAAAAGGGGUAGUGAUACACUUCCCAUAAGCCAGAUUCCAAACGUAUCUAAGGAAAUUAAAGAGAUACGGAUCGAUCAACAUUCAGCCAAGCACUAUGUUGGCAAUGUCAGGGAUUUCUUCACUGUCCAGGACAAGAAUGAAAAAGAUUCAGAUAAGCUUUUGGAACGCUUUGGCGAUGAGAAGGCUAAGAAUGGUGAUAAUAGGAUUCAAUCCUGUUCGUUUAAUUACCUGGAGAAAGAUGAUGCUGUGCUUGUAUCUGGGGAGAAGAAGAGCUCUUUAGCAGUACACCGCCCUUCUUCAGAUCUUAUAACUGUGUCUUCCCCUCUAGCUGGUCUACCUGAGCUCUCUCACCUUGGUUGGGGUCAUUGGUUUACACUGAGGGAUCUAGAAAAUGCAACUGGCAAGUUUUCAAGGGAUAAUAUUAUUGGGGAGGGUGGAUAUGGAGUUGUCUAUUGGGGCCAACUGGUCAAUGGUACUUCUGUGGCCGUCAAAAGGCUCCUAAAUAACUUAGGACAAGCGGAGAAGGAAUUCAGGGUGGAAGUUGAGGCUAUUGGUCAGGUUCGGCAUAAAAACUUAGUUCGGCUUCUGGGUUACUGUAUUGAAGGAACCCAUAGGGUAUUGGUAUAUGAAUACGUCAAUAAUGGCAAUCUAGAGCAGUGGCUUCAUGGAUCUAUGUCCCAGCAUGGAUACCUCACUUGGGAGGCUCGUAUGAAGAUUCUCCUUGGCACAGCAAAGGCUCUUGCAUAUCUGCAUGAGGCGAUUGAGCCCAAAGUGGUGCAUCGAGAUAUUAAGUCAAGCAAUAUACUGAUUGACGAGGACUUCAAUGCUAAAAUAUCAGAUUUUGGCCUUGCUAAGUUGCUGGGUGCUGGAAAGAGUCAUAUCACUACCAGAGUAAUGGGAACCUUUGGAUAUGUAGCUCCGGAAUAUGCAAACAGUGGCCUCCUAAAUGAGAAGAGUGACGUUUAUAGCUUUGGUGUUGUGCUUUUGGAAACAAUAACUGGCAGAGAUCCCGUUGAUUAUAGUUGUCCGGCACCUGAGGUGAAUUUGGUCGACUGGCUCAAGAUGAUGGUAGGAGCCAGACGGUCAGAAGAAGUGGUUGAUCCCCUUAUCGAGGCUAAGCCAUCGACAUCUGCCCUGAAACGAGCUCUUUUGACUGCCUUAAGGUGUGUUGAUCCAGACUCUAACAAAAGGCCAACAAUGAGUCAAGUUGUUCGAAUGAUCGAGUCGGACGAAUAUCCAGUGCCACGAGAGGGUCGUGGAAGGAGGAAGAAUCAAGCAGUCGGAAAGCAAAAGUGACGGUCGAGCAUAGCCAAGUGGAAAUACAUACAAAAAUGAUUUAUAGAUUUAGGAAAUAGGAAAUAGGGAAAGGGUAUAUAUUUACAGGAUACAGAAUUAUGAGACACAAUUUGUGCAGUGCUUUUGUGUUGUUUUUUACUUUUCACUUUAUUCUGUGUAAUUUGAACAGAAGGAUAUGAAUAUAUUCAGCUUGAUUGAACAAGGAUUUUAACUUAUUAA